AUGGGUCUUGCCUUCGAUACCAUUGCAAGCACAGGAGCAAUUCCAUUCUGGCAGACUCUAGCCACCAACAACCAACUCUCGUCCCAGGAGAUGGCGUUCUGGCUUCAGCGAGCUGAUCCCAACGGACCAGCUCAAGGAACUUCAGCAGGAGGCGUGUUUACUUUAGGAGGAACUAACUCUUCUCUUUUCACUGGUGAAAUCGAUUUCCAAAACAUGCCGAGCAACACCAAACCUUCCUUUUGGCUACAGACCCUCUCGGCUGUGACUGUCAACGGCCAGUCUAUUCCAGUUACACCGGGAGACUCGGCGAUCUCUGCUAUUGACACUGGAACCACGCUCAUUGGAGGUCCCUCCGCUGACGUUGCAGCAAUUUGGGCCGCUGUUCCUGGAUCUGCUCCAGCAACUGGUGAAAACAUUGGGUCCUACACUUUCCCCUGCAAAACCCAAGUUUCCGUCACACUCUCUUUCGGCGGCAAGACAUGGCCCAUCAACCCUCAGGAUAUGAACCGUGGCCAACUUAGCCAAGGAAGCCCACUCUGCGUUGGCUCCAUCUUCGAUCUCAGCGCCGGUACUAACAUUCCUCCAAACUCUGGUAACCCAAGUUGGGUCGUCGGUGAUACCUUUUUGAAAAAUGUAUAUUCCGUGUACCGAAUGAAUCCUCCGUCGGUUGGGUUUGCGCAGCUUUCUGACGCUGCCGGGGGCUCAGGUUCAGCUCCUGGAAUUGACGGGACAUCCGGGACACCGGGCAAGAAGAGUUCCGCUUCGAUGAUAUCACCCACAUCGAUGGCUGUUCUGGCGUCAUCGUUGGUCGUGUUCAUUGCUUCACUGCUCUAG